AUGUUGUCACCUGGAACAAUCUAUGAUCACAAACGUAGCUAUCACAGUGGAGAAAAACCAUUUGUAUGUGACAUUUGUGGAUCUUCUUUUUCCACAAACCCAAUUCUUAAAAAACAUAAAAUUAACAUUCACACAGAAGGGCGUCCUUUUCCCUGUGAUCAAUGUCAAUAUGGUGCAAAAAGUUUGGAGUUGCUGAGACGACAUAAGCUUGUUCACUCAGGAGAAAAGAAAUUCCAGUGUGAUGACUGUGGUGCCUGUUUUCCAAGAGCAGCUACUUUAAAGGAGCAUGUCCUCAUUCAUAAAGAUAUCUGGCCUCACCAUUGUCAGUUCUGUCCAAAAAGAUUCAAGAACAUCAGACAAUUGCGACGGCAUGAAGAGGUUCAUUUGGAUCAAUACAAAUAUCAGUGUAAGGUUUGUGGGAAGCGAAUGCGUCAAGUUGGGAAUCUAAACACACACAUGCGGACACAUAAUGGAGAGAAACCUUAUGCCUGUGAUAAAUGUGGUAAAAGAUUUGCCCAUAAUGUGACAAGAAAACAGCACAUGGAGUCAUGUUUUGGAAAUAUGGAUAUGUUACCUUCAACUCAGAACUUGUUACCUCUGCCUUUACCAAUUGGACUCCAAUUUCCUAGUAGUGCAAUAGAUUGCACUGGUCCUCCUCAGCACAGAUUUUGA